AUGAAAUCAAUGAUGAAAAGGAAAAUGAGAUUCUGUAAAAUUGAUGUUAUAGAAUUUUUUAAAAAGUAUUUUAAGCUUCCAGAAUCAAAUCAACUGUACCAAAUAAAUUUAUGUUUUUCAUCUUAUCUUUACAUUAAAAACAGUCAAGCAAAGAUUAUUUUCAAGAAUAGGCGUAUUUCAUGUUCAUAUAUCCAUGUAAAAUUAUUAAAAUCAAAUACAGUAACACAUUUUGUAAUUAUAAAAGUCUUAAUUUUUAACCCAAAGUCAUUGCGAAGACGGGUAUCAAAGGAGAGGAAAAUUUAUAAUAAAAAAAUACGAAAAAAAAAAGAACAUAAAAUAUAUUAUAUUGCUGGAAGCAUGCCUUCUUCAAGAGGUCAGUAUAAUACAUCACCAGGUCAUACAGGAGUAAAUCAACUUGGAGGUGUUUUUGUUAAUGGUCGUCCUCUUCCUGAUGCUACAAGACAAAAAAUUGUUGAUUUGGCGCAUCAAGGAGCAAGGCCAUGUGACAUUUCAAGAAUUUUACAAGUUUCAAAUGGAUGUGUUUCAAAAAUUUUAUGCCGUUAUUAUGAAUCAGGAACAAUACGUCCACGAGCUAUUGGUGGUUCUAAACCAAGAGUUGCAACAAAUAAUGUUUGUGAAAAAAUUGAAUCAUAUAAACGUGAACAACCUUCAAUAUUUGCAUGGGAAAUACGUGAUAAACUUUUACAAGAUAAAGUUUGUACCAAUGAAACUAUUCCUAGUGUAUCAUCUAUAAAUCGUGUAUUAAGAAAUCUAGCAGCUAAAAAAGAACAAGCUAUGCAAAACGAAUUUUAUGAUCGUACUAUUAGAUUUCAUGGACAAUUUUAUAAUCAUUGGCCAAUGUCAAUGCAGAAUCCUUUGUAUCAAAUUCCACCUGUUGCUGUAUUAGAUCACAGAAAAGAAAAUGUUUAUGGUGAAGAAGAAAAUCAUAAACAACCUAAUGAACAUGAUGAAGCUGCUAGACAACGAUUAAAAAGAAAGCUUCAAAGAAAUAGAACAUCUUUUACUCAGGAUCAAAUUGAUAGGUUAGAAAGAGAAUUUGAACGUACACAUUAUCCUGAUGUUUUUGCUAGAGAACAACUUGCUUCACAAAUUGGUUUGCCUGAAGCAAGAAUUCAAGUUUGGUUUUCUAAUAGAAGAGCUAAAUAUAGGAGAGAAGAAAAAGUUCGAAAUCAAAAGAAAGGUGUUGGUAAUCAAAUUCCACAUUUACCACAUAAUAACCUUGAUAAUAAUUCAAGCGUAAUUACAUCACAACAUAUUUCAACUAAGAAUGUAUCAUCAAGCGUUUCAUCAAAUAGUAGUUCUCUCUCUAACGCUACAACACCAUCAUCUGUAGUAUCACCAGGAACUAACAAUAAUAAUAAUUCAACAAAUGGCGUUAUCAAUCUUCAGACAUCAUCGAACAACAAUUUAUUAGAAACUCCUCCAAUUACGGUAAACACUUCAUCAACAGCUGCAUCAACAUCAAGUAAUACAUCAACAAUACCAUCAUCAGAAUCAAGUCCUAUGACACUUCAAAAUAACGGUUUAACUAAUGGCUUAAGUAGUAGUGUUGCACAAAGAUUUACACCAACAAAUUCUAUUAUUCAAUCCCAUCCUUCUACAAUGUAUUCUGGUCUUGCACAGCAAGCAUAUUGCUUCCCAUCACCUAUGAUUACUCCUCAAGAUUUUAAUUAUGCAAUGAUUCCACAGACAGGUCCAUAUGAUUAUUAUAACUUUAAUAGAUCGAUGAAUGGUAUCCAUACAAAUUCUUUCAAUAAUGCCAUGAAUCCAUCGCAGAUCUCAAAUGCAACGAUUCCAGAUAUACCCGGUAUAGGAGCGGCAAGUAUGGGUUUAAAUGUGGGAACAAUUAUUCCAAUGCAUUUAGAUCAAGCACAACAACAGACAAAUCUUCAUGAUUUAACUGAAAAUCAUGUUGAUCGACCUCAGGUAUACAGUUGGACAUAA